CAAUGGAUUACCGAUAGGAAUGUUGAUAAUUUUUAUAUAUAUACGCUUUUGGGUUAUAUAAAUGAAAUAAAUGGAUUACCGGUACGAAUGAUGAUAAUUUUUUACAUAUAUACAAUUUUAUGUUAUAUAAAGCACACAUUUUCUUCUUGCUAAUUUUUUUAAUGGUAGAUCAAAUUCUCUUAAGUUCCAAUUUUUCCAAGGCAUCGAACUGCAAAAAAAUAAUAACUAAUAAUAAUAUAAAAAGGCAUCUUUGAUUAACCAACCAUUCAAGGUAAUAACUAAUAAUAAUAUAAAAAGCAUCUUUGAUUAACCAACCAUUCUUAAUCUUGAAAAAUCAAUUUAACUAUCCAUCCAAGUGGUGGAGCUAGGUUGAACCUAGAAGGGGCUAUAAUUCACAUCAACAUCGAAAUAUAAUAGUAAGUAAGGCUUUAACUCCCCCUUCUUAAUUACCAAAUUUUGAACCAACACUCUUCGUUCAAAUUUCUGCCCUAUCACUGACCAUCCUAUUCAUGUGACCGUAAAAAUAUAAAGAAUGAACUAUAAUCAAAAGUUUAACCAUGGCUUAUUAUCUUUUAUGGUACCGGGGCAAUUACAAUUGGGUGGUUAGUAGGAAAAGCAGCAAAUUGCAACGCGCAUGAAGGAAAGAAUGCAUGUACCAAUUCUUGGUCACACAGUUAGAAUAUAAUAAUAAUUACACUCACAUUUCUGAUGUCUCCCUAGAAAUAAGUAAAUACUAAAUACUUAUCUAAAUUAAAGGAAAAGAUUAAAGGAUCCUAUCCUAUCGUACUCUGCACAGGAGCCAACAAAAAAACAAAAAAAAAAUUAAGUGCCUCCGGGAUUACAACCUCCUGAUAGUAUUGUUUGAUUACUAUUAUUUUCAACUUAAGACUUUACAAACUAUAAUUGUAUGGACUUUUUUUUUUUUUUUGACAAGAUAAUUGUAUGGACUUUUAGAUGAUUAUUAGUCCUGAGAUUCGAACAUAAAGUGUGGUAAACUUUAUUCUUGCACAUAAUGACUAGACCUUAAAAUUAACUAUAUGUUUUCCAUGACAUAUAUUGUUGAAUAUUCUUGAAGAGAAAAAACAUAAAAUUGAGAAUGCCUCAAUGUGUGGUUAUUGAAUUAGCUACAUAUAGCAUUUCAACAACAACAAAACCGCUACAAAAUAAUCCGCUAAGUUUAGUCUCAGAAAUAUUCGUGCAUUCAUCAUUCUCGCUAAAUAGUCUAAUAAUAAGAAGACAAAAAGCUCAAAUUAGCCAAAAUUCCCACACCAUCCAACUUCAUCAUUUAUCAAAUAAAUCACCAAAAUUCUUCCACAGACUGCCUUACGUAUAUUGAAGGAAGCCUCACAGAUAUCUAUAGUCAACCAUACCCGGACACAUUUUGGUGAAAAAAAGGAGAUCAAACAAAAGGGUUGUAAUACCAGCACCUGGAAACGCCGUUCUCAAGGUUCAUUCCUUCGUCUCACUUCUUUUCAUUUCAUGAUUUAAGUAUAUUCAAUACUUACUGCAAUGUUCUGUAACAUUGAAUGUGGGGUAUAUACAACAGAAUAAAUGGGUGGGACAGAAGAGUCAGAGAAGAAACCUGAUAGCGAAGAGGAACACAAGGAGGAUGAGAAUGAUCACCAGCAGGAUGAGGAGGGAAAGAAGAAGAAGAAGAAGAAGAAGAAAGACAAAGAAGGUAAAGAUAAGGAUAAGGAAGAAGAUGGUGAUGGGCACCAAGAGAAGAAGAAGAAGAAUCCUGAAGAUAAGAAGGAUUCUUCGAAGCUCAAGGCCAAGCUCCAAAAAAUAGAGACCAAGAUGCAGGAACUGGCCCUCAAGAAGGAAGAGAUCCUCAAGCUUAUCCAUGAAGCUGAAACUAACCCUAAUCCUGAACCCCCAACCGAGGAUCACUAAGUCUUAACAUGAUGUAUUAUAGCAAUGUUUUUAAUCAACUCAUAAUAAACUUGUACUAAUUAAUCAAUUCUCAGAUCUCACCCCUACAAACUGCAGAUAAUAUUGGUGGGGCAAACCUAGCUAGACUUGCAUCAGUCACUCAUCUGCAUGUAAGUUUCCUUUUUUUUUUUUUUUUUUUUUGUAAUUGUAGAGAUAAAUCAAGAAUCAAUACUAUGGAAAGAUGAUUUCAAGAUAUUUUCCUGCCAAGUUGAAACUUGUGGAUAUUUUCACUUGUUGACGUAUCGAAUUGGACGGUAAGAAAAGAAUGUUGGAUGACCGUAGAUUUGUGAGUUUGAAUAUAUGAUUGUCGCCUGCAAACGUAACUUGGUAAAAUAAUAUGAACAAACUAUACAUUUCAUGAGACAUGAGGCAUAUCAUCAAAUAAUUCAUGACAAACAUUCUUUAAUCACCGUGAAAAUUGAUAGAUUGAUACAUAAAAUCUAUGGUUUUAGGUUACUAUUGAUUAAGAGGUUAUUUUGUAAAUAACGAUAAGUUCAGUGG